CUUCUCAUCUUCCAACUUCAACACCAUUCUCCCUCAUCUGAUCUCUUCUCACUCCUCUUCCCUCCUCCCUCUUUCUAUUCUACUUACCUAAACCAUAACACACAAUGCGUCUGCUUCUACUUUGUGCUUUCUUGGCUUCUCUAGUGGCUGCCACAGCCGCCAACUUUCUCCGAGAUGUCGACAUUACGUGGGGCGGCCCGCGUGCCAAAAUUCUUGAUGGAGGCCGACAUCUCAGCCUUUCUCUUGACAAAGAUUCAGGCUCUGGUUUCCAAUCUAAGAAACAGUUUCUAUUUGGAAGGUUUGAUGUCCAAAUGAUGCUUGUCCCUGGAAACUCUGCUGGCACUGUUACCACCUUUUAUUUGUCUUCUGAAGGAACGAGUCAUGAUGAGAUUGACUUUGAAUUCUUAGGCAAUUUAUCGGGAGAUCCAUACACACUCCACACCAAUGUGUACUCCCAAGGAAAAGGAGACAGAGAACAACAAUUUCAUCUCUGGUUUGAUCCCACAAAGGCCUUCCACACUUACUCCAUUGACUGGUCUCCACAAAGUAUCAUGUUUCUAGUGGAUAACAUUCCCAUAAGGGUGUUCCACAACUGGGAAAAGAUUGGUGUUUCAUACCCAAAGAGCCAACCAAUGAAAGUAUAUUCAAGCCUAUGGAAUGCAGAUGAUUGGGCAACCAGAGGAGGGCGAGUGAAGACAGAUUGGACAAAGGCUCCUUUCACAGCAUCUUACAGAAACUUUAAUGCCAAUGGAUGCGUUGCAUCAACUGGAUCAUCAUCAUCUUGCAGCUCCAAAUAUGCCAAUACUCAGCAAGGUGGAACAAAAAACAAUCAAGGAUUGGACGCCAAGAGUAGGAAUAGAUUGAGAUGGGUGCAAUCCAAGUUCAUGGUUUAUAAUUACUGCACUGACCGUCAAAGAUUUCCUCAAGGCAUCCCAGCUGAAUGUAGGCGCUCAAGGUUUCUAUGAGAAAAAACAUGAAAACGUAUUGAUUAUUUGAUUUGUUAAUUAGUUCCUGCAUUCGGAUAUGGUUUCAUGUAAUUUUUUUAAAUUCUUUUUUUGCAUAUAAAUUUGUAUCCAAAAUUGUCUUAUCUUUACCUCUCGACCACAUGUUCAUUUUAAAUAAUCACUUUUCUUCUAA